UGCCUGGGCAAGGUGAUGGACAGCAGAGCAGAGAUGGAAGUUGUGAGAAGCACAAAGGGGAAUCCUGCUGGAGAGGUCAGCGUCCACGUGGUCACCACUGAGAGCACUGUGCAGAGCACCCACCUGCCAACGACUGCCUUUAUCAUACCAGCAAAUGCCACUACCAUCAACCUUCCUGCCAGCACCUUAGAAAUCCAGCGAUUCCCCCGGGAGCCACAGAGAAGCGCAGGGGCUGAGAGGCCAGAGAGAGGGGCAGGGAAUGAGCCCAUCACAGCCACUGUCAUCCCUCAGAUAAGUGGGGUGCAGACUUGCAAUACAGUCCGUGUGCUGGAGUGGAAAGAUGGAGUGGCUACUCUGCCUGGGAGUAACCUACGGUUUCGGAUAAAUGAGUACGGGACGCUGAAGGUGGUGAGUGCUGAUAAGAUGCCUCCAGUGGAACCAAUAAAGGAGAGUCACCCAGAGAAAGAGGGGGACUCAGAGGUGCCACCUACCAGCAGAGACAAUCCUAUCAUUGCUCAGGAUGUACCAGAGCAGUCCAAGCUGCCAACAGCAGAGAGCAUGUGUCACUGUGAUACUUGUGGCCGUCGACAUGUCUCAGACGGGACCCGGGAACGCAGGGGAUUCUGCAGUGAACACUGUCACCAGCAGUUCAAAGAAAGAUCUGUCAUUGUGGAAAACUCUGCCAGCAGCACCAAUGUCAAUGAAAUCCUCAAGCCUGUGAAGAAACGAAAGAGAAAGGAUUACCAAAGCCCUUCGGAGGAAGAAUAUGAAUCUGAACAAAUGGAGGAAAAGCAGGAAGAGAGGAAAAACUCCGCAGGAGACUCAGCCAUCAGCAAUCCAGACACUGAAGCAUGGAACGGGAGCCAGCACGGUGCCAGCGAGGAGAAGAAAGAAGGCUGGUCUUGGGCGUCCUACCUGGAGGAGCAGAAAGCUGUCGCUGCCCCUUUAGAUCUCUUCCAGGAUUACCAAGUAGCUUCCCAGCACAAGAAUGGCUUUAAAGUGGGGAUGAAGCUGGAAGGAAUCGACCCACAGCACCCAUCUAUGUACUUUAUCCUUACUGUGGCUGAGGUGUGUGGUUACCGCAUGCGCCUCCACUUUGAUGGCUACUCUGAAUGCCAUGAUUUCUGGCUGAAUGCUGACUCCCCCAACAUCCACCCUGCUGGCUGGUUUGAGGAGACAGGGCACAAACUCCAGCCCCCAAAAGGUUAUAAGGAGGAAGAAUUCAGCUGGACAAACUAUCUGAAGAUAACAAAGGCUCAGGCAGCUCCAAAGCACCUCUUUGUGAUCCGAAAUAGUCACGAGGCUCCACCAGGCUUUGAGGUGGGCAUGAAGCUUGAAGCUGUGGACCGCAUGAACCCUUCCCUGAUCUGUGUUGCCACAGUGACAGACGUGGUGGACAAUCGCUUUUUGGUGCACUUUGAUAACUGGGAUGAUACUUACGAUUACUGGUGUGAUCCCAGUAGUCCGUAUAUUCACCCAGUCGGAUGGUGUCAGGAACAUGGCAAACCUCUCACACCUCCUCAAGAUUAUCCUGAUCCUGACAACUUCACUUGGGAAAAGUACCUAAAGGAAACUGGAGCAUCUGCUGUUCCAGCUUGGGCUUUUAAAGUGCGCCCACCCCAUGGCUUUCUGGUCAACAUGAAGCUGGAAGCAGUGGACAGAAGGACACCUUCCUUCAUCCGAGUGGCCAGUGUGGAGGAUGUGGAGGAUCACAGAAUAAAGAUCCAUUUUGAUGGCUGGAGUCACGUCUAUGAUUUCUGGAUCGAUGCAGAUCAUCCAGACAUCCAUCCCAUAGGCUGGUGCUCAAAAACUGGGCACCCACUGCAGCCUCCUCUCAGGCCAAAGGAGCCAGCCUCCUCUACCCAUGGUGGCUGCCCUACUCUGGGCUGCAAGAGCAUCCCUCACACUAAAGGCUCCAAGUACAACUUUCACCACAGGAAGUGCCCUACACCGGGUUGUGACGGGUCAGGACACGUGACCGGGAGAUUCACAGCCCAUUACUGCCUCUCAGGAUGUCCACUGGCAGAGAAGAACCAGAGCAGGCUCAAAGCAGACUUAUCUGACACUGAACCCUCAGCUCGAAAGAGGAACCUGAUAAGCUUCUCUCAGCGAAAGAAAUCUCGGCACCAUGGGAGAGGGCGACCUCCAAAGUACCGAAAGAUCCAGCAGGAAGACUUCCAGACUAUUUCCUCAGACAAUAUGCACCAGUCGCUUUUUAUGUCUGCUCUGUCUGCCCACCCUGACCGCUCCCUGUCCCUCUGCUGGGAGCAGCAUUGCAAGCUCCUGCCAGGAGUGGCUGGCAUCACAGCAACCACAGUGGCCAAGUGGACCAUUGAUGAGGUCUUCAGCUUCGUCCAGACUCUGACAGGUUGUGAGGACCAAGCCAAACUCUUCAAGGAUGAGAUGAUCGACGGCGAGGCUUUCCUCUUGCUGACACAGGCUGAUAUUGUCAAAAUUAUGAGCGUCAAGCUGGGUCCAGCACUCAAGAUCUACAAUGCCAUCCUCAUGUUCAAAAAUGCUGACGACACCUUAAAGUGACUUUUCUUGGCCCAACUGAGACCUUCUCUCAGCAGUGGUGCUGCCAAACUGUCUGGCCAGGACAGAGGCCUCCCACAACAACCCACAGCUUGUCAUGUCCUGCCCAUGCUCUCUUGGAUGCCUCAUGUCUAUUCUCACACCAGUCUAUCCCCCUGACCCUCUUCCUCCCCCUCUUUCUCUCUCUCUCCAUGCUAUUCCUCUCCUCCAGUGUUGGUAGAGGCUCAUGAGGCAGAGGGUGGAUGCGGGACUUGCCUGCCUUAGCAUGAAAGCCACCCUUGAUUUGCUCCAAGUGUGGUGACUGCACUAGCUCAGGGUUGUGUUCAUGGACAGUGGAGUGUCACAGAGGAUGAAGGGAACCAAGGGCUGACACCACUCACUGCUCAAGUGACCAAGAAAGGGAAAGAAUUGACUACCCACAUUCAUACUCACACCUAUUUUGAGGCUUGUCUUUUCUCUGUUCGGAAACUGAGAGAUAUUUUUCCCUGCAAUGUGUUCCUCUGGGAGGAGGUUAAUGUGAACAACAUAUGAGGAACACUUCCAAGGAGCUUCUGCUCGCUUUAAUUUUUCUCUCUUGGCUUCUGUGACUCCGUCUUUUAAAGCCAGAUGAUAACCUUGCUUUGCCUCUUCAUUGCACUGGACAUCAGUGGCCAAUCUCAUGCCCCUUUGUUGGAGCAGUGUGCACUGGCUGUGGCUCUGCCCAUGACCAGCACCAGUGUUUUACUGCUCCUUAGCGUUAAGACAGCAGCCUUGGAGCCCCAUGUGGCCAGGGCUGUAGGGAUACAGAACAAUGCUUACACUGAACAAUGCUGGCUGUGCCAACACAUCUCUGGGAAAAAGGCUAUUUGAUUAACUGGUAUUCUUUACAGCAAUUAAAAUCCUCUACAAAGGAGAGGCAGAGAAAGGCCCUUUAUAGUGUUGAGGCAGCUGAAAAGGGCGGGGGAAAAAACUUUAUUUCUCUAUAGGCAAAUCUGGAGUUUGGUUCCUAAGGAAUUCCUAAUUUAGUUGACUCCAUCAUGCCAAGUCACCUUAUGGCCCUCAUUUUGCCCUCCUGAGCCCUUGUAUUUUGUUACUGGAAACACAGAAUUUGCAUUUGUCCCCUGGUUUCCUUCCCUGCAGAGCUAGAAUAUUCAGCAGUGGACAGUUUUUGUCUGUCCUUCUAGCAACACAGCACUUUUUUAAAAAUAGGGUGAGUGCACUUUGGAAAUGUUUGUGUAACAUGGUCCACCAUAAUGGAGGGAAGACCAAGUAGACUAGGAUAUUUUAGUGGAGAAAGCUGACGUGACUGGGGACACAGACAGAAUCCUAGGCAGCUUUGGAUAGUGCUCAUGUCACCAGCUGCCAAGACA